GAAUCCCACACAUAUCAAAGCAAGUCGUUUUUGCUUUUGCUGCUCUAUAUAUAUAAAGGAAGACGCCUUUUCCUCCUUCCUUUCUUGAUCUUAUUAGAAUCAAUUAUCUUUCUUGUACCAUUUAUUAGUCUCCAUUUUUCACAGUAGAGAGCCAGACAGGAAAAAUGCCUGAAGGAAUUACAGCUGAGUCCCUAAUGAACAACAUCAUGGAUACACUUUCUGACAGUGUAUCAAAGCACAAAAAUGUGUCAUUUUUUGAGGAGGAUAAGUCGGACUCUGUAAAAACACAAUUGAACAGAUUGUUUGGGCGUCAAAAGCCUGUUCACCAUAUCUUGGGAGGUGGCAAAUCUGCUGAUGUGCUAUUGUGGAGGAACAAGAAGAUCUCGGCUAGCGUCCUAACUGGUGCUACUGUUAUUUGGGUGCUUUUUGAAUGGCUCGAGUACAAUUUUCUCACGUUUUUAUGCUUUGCGCUGAUUCUGGGAUUGGUAGCUCAAUUUGUUUGGAAAAAUGCUUCAGGCAUAUUAAAUAGCUCUCCAUCCAAAGUACCUCGUCUUGUUUUGCCUGAGGAUGUCUUUGUUAACGCUGGCAAGUUGAUUGGAUCUGAGGUCAAUCGGGGCUUAAGCUUCUUGCAGAAUGUUGCCUGUGAAGGAAAUAUAAAGCAAUUUCUAGUGGUCGUUGGUAGCCUGUUGGCUGCUGCUAUAAUCGGAAGCUGGUGCAACUUUUUGACAAUGCUAUAUAUCGGUUUUGUUGCCGCCCACACACUGCCAAUCCUGUAUGAAAGGUACGAAGAUCAAGUUGACGGCUUCGUCUACAAUGUCCUGGAUCAGCUCCAGCACAACUACCGGAAGCUGGACACAGGCGUCCUCAGUCGAAUCCCAAAGGCCAGUUUCAGGGGCAAGAAGUUUGAGUAGAUCUUCCUCUGCAUUAUGAAAGAAACUGUGUAAGUAGGAUUAGGUAUCCGACAAGUAUGCAUGUUGAAGACAAUGGUGUCUAUUCUAAGUACUAAAGACAUAGUAUGGUUACAUUUCGUGUAGCUUAAGACGUGAUCCGAAGUUAAUAUGUAUCCUUCUGGUCCUUUCUGGGCUACUUUUGCA